AUGGCAACUUGGAAAGUUGUUCCGACUCUGGCGGCUGGUUGUGCUACAAUAUUGAAGCCGUCUGAAUUGGCAUUUGUGACCUGUUUGGAGUUAGGCGAAAUAUGCAAAGAAGUUGAGCUUCCUCCUGGUGUUUUAAAUAUUAUCACUGGAUUAGGCCAUGAAGUCGGGGCUUCUUUGGUAUCCCAUCCGGAUGUAGAUAGGAUUUCUUUUACUGGUAGCUCAGCAACUAGGAGCAAGAUUAUGACAACUGCGACACAGUUAGUCAAGCCUGUUUCACUAGAGCUUGGUGGAAAGAGCCUGAUCGUUGUUUUUGAGGAUGUUGACCUUGAUAAGGGUUGGUGUACCUUCUUAAAUAUGUAUUUAUGGAAUCACAUUUUCUUGCAUUUUGGCAUCACAUUUUAUAAAGAACCCAUAUUUUGA